GCACAGCCCACAUGAGAACCAGCUCCAUUCCUGACAUUCAGCCCCUUUUCGUUCAUAUGCAAAUCUCCAUUUGCUCUCAUAAUAUCAGCAGCAUCUCCCUCUACAGCAGCUUCCAUCACUCUAAAUGCAGCACAAACAUGUUCUCUUCAGCUCCACUGCUGCUGCUGGCUGCUGCCUCGUGUGUGUUCUGUGCUACUGAGCUCAUCCAGCCAGACUCAGUGCUCAUCAAACCAGCAGAGCCUUUAACCAUCACCUGUACAGUAUCUGGAGCUUCUAUCACUGACCGCAGCAGCAAUGUUGGAACAGCCUGGAUCCGCCAACCUGCAGGAAAAACUUUGGAAUGGAUCAACGACAUUUAUUAUGACGGUAGCAUAGCUGCUCAAGUUUCACUGAGAAGCAAGUUUAGUGUCUCUCGAGACACAACCAGAAACACAGUAACCCUACAAGGACAGAAUCUGCAAGCUGAAGACACAGCUGUGUAUUACUGUGCUCAACGUCCAUCACAGUGCUGUUGUAGAUGUCAGACACUGACUGAGUCAGAGCCAGCGCUCAUUAAACCUGGAGGAUCUCACACUCUCACCUGCACCUUCUCUGGAAUUGAUGUUAGCAAUGCAGACAUAUCCUGGAUUAGACAGGCUCCCGGAAAAUGGCUUGAAUGGAUCUCGCGUAUUUCAGCUCCAAGUGGCAGCGAUAAGUAUUACUCUCAGUCUGUUAAAGGAAGAUUCACCAUCUCCAGAGAAAACAGUAAGAAGCAGGUGUAUCUGCACAUGAGCAGCCUGAAGACAGAAGACACUGCUGUUUAUUACUGUGCACGAGAGACACACUGA